UAGCCACACUUGUUCGUCGGAACGAAGCCCAACUCUAUCUCCCCACUCCUACCGGCCUGCAGCUGUUUGCGAGGCAAGCGUGUCUUCUGCGCGCGCGACGGACGGCGCGAGGGCAAGCAGCGCCUCCGUGUUCCGCCCGUGCGAAGGGAGGGGAACGAGAGCUCCGGCGGCGGCCCCCGCCUCGCCCCAUGUCUGUGCCUCUCGUCGGGUUGGCUGAUACCCCUAUCCCAACAUCUUCUUCCCUCCCAUUCCCAUGGAGCUCCUCCCGGCUCCCUUUCCCUCUUUCCUCCCUAGACCCCACCAACUGCCUCUUUCCAGACCCUGCCAUGGCCGCCUCCAAGAGCCCAUCACGGCUGCUUUCGCGCAGGCUCCUCCCCUCGCGCUCCCCUUCCAAGAAGCAACUAGAAGAAGCAGCAGCUCCCAUACCCCACGCCCAAGUACCCGUCCGUGCCCCCCCGCCCAGAGACCAACAACAACUCACCCGCUGCCGCCGCCGCUGCCGCCUGGCCCUUCCCCUUCCUCCGGCAGCACUGGCAGUGAGCGCCUGAUUGUUUCCGAGACGAAGCUCAUCACGGUGCACUCCUGCGCUGGGCGCCUAGGGGACGCUCGCAAGGUGUUCGAAGGAAUGGCGUGCAGGGACCUGCUCGCCUGGUCGGCCAUGAUCGGUGCCUACGCCAUCAGGGGCCUGUACGAGGAGGUCGUCGCGCUCGCGGUGGCCAUGGUCAGGGAAGGGGUCAUCCCGGACAGGUUCCUGAUCACCCGGAUUCUACAGGCCUGUGCGUACACAGAGGACCUGGAGCUCGGGACGGCGAUGCAUUCCCUGGCGAUCCGGAGAGGUUUCAUGGCGGAGGGAGCGAGGGACGUGCCCGUGGGGAACUCGGUGCUGGCCAUGUACGUCAAGUGCGGAGAGUUGGGCCGUGCGCGCGCCGCGUUCGACAUGAUGGGGCAGCGGGACCUGUGCACGUGGAACUCGAUGAUCUUCGGGUGCUGCCGCUCCAACGAAUGGGAAGAGGCACGGAGGCUGCUCGACGAUAUGAGGCGCCAAGGUACAGAGCCUGGGCUUGUCACAUGGAACACGCUGGUUUCGAGCUACGCGAGGUCUGGGGAACUUGAUGUGGCCAUGGAGAUGCUGGAGCAGAUGGAGGAGUCCGGUGUUGCUCCGGACGUCGUCACCUGGACUAGCCUUGUGUCUGGUUUUGUCCACGGUGAUAGGGGUGGCGAAGCACUUUGGUGUUUCGCGCGCAUGCGCCUUGCUGGAGUCGAACCAAACGGCAUGACAAUUGCGAGUGCCAUCUCAGCUUGUGCUAGUUUGCGGUUGCUGAGUCAGGGCAUGGAGCUCCAUUGCCACGCAAUUAAGGUUGGGAGUGUGAACAAUGUGCUCUCGGGGAACUCCUUGGUUGACAUGUAUGCAAAAUGUGGAGAAAUCAUUGCAGCUAAGAGAGUAUUUGAUGAAAUACCCGAGAAGGAUAUCUUCUCCUGGAACUCGAUGGUUGCAGGGUAUGCACAGGCGGGCUAUUGCGGCAAAGCAUAUGAGCUUUUCUGUGAGAUGGAGAGCCUUGGUGUUCGGCGCAAUGUGAUCACGUGGAAUAUAAUGAUCUCGGGAUACAUAAGAAAUGGGGAUGAUGAGAGAGCUUUUGAACUAUUUCAGAUGAUGGAAAGCUGUGGAGUAAAAAGGGACACAGCUUCAUGGAAUGCACUCAUUGCUGGUUCGGUGCAUAAUGGUCAUUCUGAUAGAGCCCUGAGAAUAUUCUGGCAGAUGCAAUCACUCUUGGUGAGACCAGACUUCAUUACAAUAUUAAGUAUCAUUCCAGCUUUUGCGAACCUAGCUGGAUUUUGGAAAGUACGGGAGAUCCACGCCUGCAUUUAUCACAACAAUUUAGAAAUGGAUGGCAAAAUAGCAAAUGCACUCAUCAAUGCCUAUUCAAAAUCUGGUGACCUUGCUGGUGCUUGUGCUGUUUUUGAUAGGCACUCAUCAAGGAACAUUAUUUCUUGGAAUUGUAUAAUUCUUGCACACUUGCUGCAUGGUUCUCCAAGUGAAGCACUGGAUCGCUUUUGUGAGAUGAAACAAGAAGGCGUGCGGCCAGAUCAUACAACUUUGACUGCCGUAAUCAAGGCCUAUGGCCUCCAGGGAAAGGUAUCUGAGGCGAAACGAAUAUUUCACAAUAUGACCCACGAUUACAACAUUAUUCCAGAUUUAGAUCAUUACACAGCUAUAGUUGAUCUCCUUGGCCGCUCAGGGAGUCUACAAGAAGCGUACGAGUUUAUUGGUAAUAUGCCACUCAUACCCAAUUUAGCAGUCUGGGAGGCAUUGCUUACUGCUGCAACUAUUCAUGGAAAUGCAAGGCUCGCAAACCUGACAGCAAGAGAGUUGUCAUCGCUUGAUCCGAGUGACCCUAGAAUCCAAAGACUGGUUUUUAAUUACUGGGGUCUAACUGGAAAGUCUGUUGAUGUGCCACUCAUGACGGUAUACAACGGAGGAAGAGAGUUGGAAGAUGUUGAUAGUUGUUCGGUUGAAAUCAAGAACAAUGUCUAUUUGUUCUCAACCGGUGAUAAUUUAGCAUUAGAGAGUACAGUUGCUGAAUUGAAGCUGAUUAUGAUUCAGAUCCGAAUGUCAUUGCUGAACAUCUCUAAUGAGACUAACGCUGAAGAAGAGAAAGAAGAAUUAUCAGGAAUACAUUGUGAGAAGCUAGCAAUUGCUUUUGCAAUUUCAAAUUCCCCUCCUUUCAGAAGCAUACGGAUAAUAAAGACCUUAAGGAUGUGUAGCCAUUGUCACAUCUUUGCCAAGCUAGUUUCAGAAAAAUACGAGCGGCAGAUACUAAUCAAGGAUUCAAAUUGUUUGCACAAGUUUGAGGAUGGAAAGUGCUCUUGUGAAGGUUAUUGGUGAAUACAACUAAUAUAAGUGCACCAAUGGUUUCUGUUCAUUUAUGCGUCGUCCAUACUGGCUUUUUCAUAGGAAGAGCUCCCCCUACGGUUUCUAGCAACUCUAAUAAGGGAAUGACAACGUUCAGCGGUUUAUGGAAUCUAGAUCAACCAUUAGACAAGUAUGUUGCAACAAUAUAAGGGAAUGACAACGUUCAGCGGUUUAUGGAAUCUAGAUCAACCAUUAGACAGCAAGCACAAGGUCAGCUGUUGAUGACAUCCACAUCCCGGACUUUACCCAAUCAGCUGAGCAACUUGGCAAAACAGUCGGAAGUGACUUGGCAAAGGGAAACCUGACGGCUCCAGUCAUCUUUGCUUUGCAAGAUGAACCAGAGCUAAGAGAGAUCAUCGACUCCGAGUUUAGUGAGACUGAUUCGUUUGCUGCUGCGAUAGAUCUUGUUCACAAGAGCUGUGGAAUAAGAAGGGCACGCGAGCUUGCGAGAGAGAAGGGUGACUUGGCUAUCCAAAACCUGCAGUGCCUUCCGAGAAGUGAUUUCAGAAGUACCGUUGAGAGUAUGGUAAAAUAUAAUCUUGAAAGGAUUGAGUAGAUAGAUUCAGUUGAUUCCUCUACCAGUCCACUAGAUACAGGCCUCCAGUAUGGGAUCCAUGUAGCUCCAAAACCCAUCUUUCAGCCUCUUCGUGGAAGGUACGGGUAUCAAAGAAACUACUAGGAGAAAUUAUUCUAUUUCAUAGUUUCAUACAUAUUCUGGGGAAUUCCUGUGAAGCAGGCCAGAGUUAUAUUGCUAAUUAUAUGAGAUGAUCUAUGCAGGAUUGAAAUAGUAAAUGUUUGUGGUUGAAGGCUUGCUAGAUGACCAGGUUGCUACUGAAGUUUAUGUUAUACCUGAAAAUCAUAUAGUCCUUAGAGUUAAGCCUGAGCCAGGAGCAAGCAAAUAACUUGGAGGGUUACAGUUUUGUAAAAUAAGUUUCCAGAUGUGCUUGUCAUUGCUUUUGCCAUUGUAGAAUAGUUCUAUAAAAAAUACUCGCUUGUUUUCACCAAAUGUCUUUUUUUCUUCUACUACUUAUAGCCUUCUUUUUGCACACUGAUCAGUUUAUUUAUGCAGUUUAAUUCACAGAAUUCCUCUAUAUCUUCCCAGGUGAAUCUUUGGCUUGGAGUUCAAGGAUCAGAUAUUACCUCAUCUACAACACCAGAAUUUAUAAGCACCCGGUUCUGCAGAAAUAUAAACUAUGGAUUUUUCUUUUUACUUUCAGUUGGCAAAAGAAAUUGCAAUGGUUGAAGUAUUUUACCAUUUAUAGUUGUUUUUCGUGCAUUGGUAAUUUACACUUAUUUGUUUGGGCUUACAAAAAGUGAAGAACACUUUUUUGCUGAAGAUGUUGGUGUGGAAUCUUCCGUGACAACAGGACCAAAUAAACAAACAAUUGAAGAUGACACAAAGAUUUCAUAUUCGGUA